AUGUCAUUUUUUGGAUUCGAUCCUACUGCACCUCCACCAGGAGUAAAUGCAAACAAGAAUGAUGAAGCUUAUGAUUUUCAGGAUACUUAUGAAGGAUUAGGUGAAUUAGAAGAUGACGCAUUCAAUCAAGAAACGUUUGCUACCAAUACUGCUGAUAUUAGAAAAGAUUUCGAUUUUGGAACUGGUACAGGAACAGACAAUGUAACACAAGCCCCACCUCCACCUCCACAAAAUUUCAGUUAUGCUCAAGUAGCUUCUUCCAAUUUGAAUGAUGAUGAAUUCAUGCAAGAUUUAUGGGGAUCUUCAAAUGCUCCUCCAGCACCAGCUGAAAAUAAGGGUUCAGCACCAUCAGGGGAAAAGAAGAUUUUAUCAUUGGAAGAAAUUGAAGCUCAAUUGACUGCAAUUGAUGAAUCCCAAAAACCUCCUCAACCUCAACAGUUCCCACCUCAACCUUAUCCAAUGCCUCCAGGAAUGAUUCCUCACCCUCAGUUUGGCGGAUAUAUGAUGCCUCCUGGAGGCUUUAUGCCACCACCACCUGGUCAAUAUCCCCAGUUCCCAGGUUUCCCGCAACAAAUGCCACCUCAAUUCCCAGGUCAAGUCCCACCUCAAAUGCCUCCACAGCAACAACAACAACAACAAGUUGGUCAACAACUCCCACCUGUCAGUGCCUCCGCUGCUGUGCCAGCCCAACAACAGCCACAAGCUGUUGAAGUUGCUGGCCAAACGGGUUCUCCUGCUCCUCAAGAAGUACCAGUUUCUGAGCAACCUGCUGACCAACCAAAGCCACAAAAGGUUGAUUUAUCUCAAUUCCCAGUUUUAGGAUCUAAGGAAGCCCAGGAACAACAGCAACUUCACCAACAUCAACAACAACAUCAACAACACCAUGUUCAUCAGCAACAACCUUUCCACAGGGACCAUCAUGGCUAUCACCGUAACCAACACCAACACCAACAUUACCAUCAACAACACCAACACCAACAACCUCAAGAAGAACUCACUCCUGAACAACAAGAAAAGGCUGCCAAGAGACAAGAAAAGGUUUCUCGUAUUAUGAGAUAUUCUGGUAUUAUGAAUCCAAAGGAUAAGGAUUUUGUUACUCGUUUCCAAUUAUCCCAAAUUGUCACUGAAGAUCCAUAUAAUGAAGAUUUCUAUGCGCAAGUGUUUAAAGUUAUUCAUCCAAAGAAUGUCAAUGGGGCUGUCACCAUCCAUCAACAAAAGAAUAACUCGAUUGCUCAGGCUUAUUUGGAACAAAGUGGUCAUAGAUUAGGUGGAAGAUAUAAGCGUGCUGAUGUUGCUUUACAAAGAAUGCAACAACAGGUUCAAAAAGCGGUUACUGUUGCUAAAGAAAGACCUAAAUUGACUCAAUAUGCUAAAGAAGGUGCAUUGGGUAAGAUUUCUUUUGGAAGUGGUAAGAAACCAAGACAACAAUUGGAAAUUAUAAGUAAGGCUGCUGAACGUCAAAAGAAACAAGAUGAAGGUAAUUUAGAAAAGAAAGAAACUAGUGCUGGAAUUAAAAAGUAUUCUAAGAAGGAUAUUUUGAGUAUUUUGGAAAAUGCCAUUACUGAAUUAAUGAAUGUUGAAAGUGAAUCAAGAACAAGUUCUGAUGUUGAUACUUCUAAAUUAUGGAAAUCUUUGAAAGUGUUAGAACAAACAUCUUCUUCAGGUGAUGAUGAAAGUGAAGUUAAUCCAUUUAUUCAAUGUUUGAAUUAUAACAAGAUGUUGAAGAUUUUAUCCCGUUUAUUCAAAUUUUUGAAUCGUGAACAAAUUUUAACUAUUGUGACUUUAAUCAUGUCCAAUUUGGAAAACCUUUCCGUCAUCAAACAUGGUUCAUAUACCACUUAUGAAGAUCACAAAAUCCCAGAAACUUUCGCCAAAUUAGUCGAUAAUUAUUCAAUGACCUUCACCAAAGUCUUGAUGAAUGCAGUUUUGGAUUUCAAAUUCAACGAAAUUAUCGGAUUAUUAGUCAUCUUAAUCGAACACAAUAACGUCUCCUUCGUCUCAACUACCAAAAUCGGAUUAACAAUUCUUACGACUUUAUUAUCCCGAGCAGAAUUGAUUAUUGGAGAAGGAACCAUUUCCGCCACCGAUCUUUCCGAAUGGUCCUCAUGUUAUGACGAACUUUUCACCUCCCUCGAAUCAAGAAUCGCCGCUAUCUUCCCACCUCAUGACGUCGAUGAUGGAUCGAGUAAGGAAAACUAUGUCUGGCAAUUCUUGGCUACUUUGUCACUUGGUGGGAAAUUAUCUCAUCAGAGAAUUAUUGUUGAUGAAGUUAGAGAUGAGAUUUUUGGGGUCAUGAAUAGAGCAAAAGCGGUUAAUGAUGAUUUGUAUAAGAAGCAGAAUUUGUUGAAUAAUUUGAAUAUGUAUUUGGUUGUCAUGGGUUUAGUUGCUGAUGAGAAUGAAAUUAAAGAACUUCAGAAUUAG